GAAAAAUCAACUACAAGAAAACCGAGAAGCAACUGCCAAGACCCAAACAGAUUUGGCGAGCAUUAUGCAAGUGCUUCAAGCCCAAGGCAUGAUGCCAUCAGUUACUCGCAAUUGACUGAUUAUGGAGGGAAGUUGGGAAGAAUUUUGGGGAGCACUACAAGCUUGGUGGACAAUAUUUUGGGAAGUUCUAUAAGCUUGGUGGAGUAAAUUUUGUAAAGUGCUACAAGUGUGGCUCAGUAGACAAUAUUUUAGAGAAAUAGAUAAUUGAGAACAUGACUUCUAUCAUCUCAUCAUGAA